CAAACUUUCAACAUAGGUGCAGGCACCAAAGUCAGCUCACAAUGCAGGAUCUGCGAGGGAUCCUGAGCCUUCUCCUGAUCCAGUUGCUGGGUCACCCCCAGGGGGCGCCCAUUCCUGUGCCCACUUUAAUCGGGCAGACCCGGGACCUGGUGCUGCUCCUGCAGGAGAAAGCCUCCUCCCUGCUGAGCUCCUACCUCACAGCGAUGGGCCUCCCGUUCUCCGAGCCAGGUUUCCGCCUCCCGGAAGUGACCCUCGUCGGGCUGCCCUCGUCCUCCAUCGGGUACCUGGCCUGGCGCCGGCUGACGGACGGCGAGCGCCUGGCGGGAAACUACCGGGCCUACAGCCUGCAGCUGGAGUACCUGCAGCUGGUGCUGGACGACCUGCAGGCCCUGGGCCUGGGCCGGGGCCCCGGGCAGCUGACCGAGCAGCUCGCCUUCACCCGGACCCAGCUCCAGGGCCUGGUGGCCAACCUGGGCUCCCUGCUGGAGGCCCUGGCUCAGCCCCUCCCCGCCCUGGGCGAGCCCCUGGACUCCGAGGCCUACGGCUCCUCCGACUUCGAGAGGAAGCUCCGGGGAUACAUCGUCUGCCGGGAGUACGCCCGCUGGAUCGAGCGGACCCUGAGGGAUCUGACACUCCUCUCCAACAGCUUCCCAGCCUGA